CAUUUCUGACUUGUGGCUGGCUUGGGAAGACCAUCACCAAGCUGUGUGGAGACGUUCUUUGAGCUUCCACUCUUAUGUCUCUAAUGGACAAACACAAAGUGAAGCGGCAACGUUUGGAUCGCAUAUUUGAAGGCAUUCGACCUCCGAUCAUGAAUGGGCCCAUGCACCCGCGCCCCUUGGUAGCGUUGCUGGAUGGCAGGGAUUGUACAGUAGAAAUGCCUAUUCUGAAGGAUGUAGCCACAGUGGCGUUUUGUGAUGCUCAGUCUACACAAGAAAUUCACGAAAAGGUACUAAAUGAAGCAGUGGGUGCACUGAUGUAUCACACUAUCACUUUAACACGAGAAGACCUGGAGAAAUUUAAAGCACUUCGAAUAAUUGUCCGAAUUGGCAGUGGUUUUGAUAAUAUUGACAUCAAAUCUGCUGGAGAUUUAGGGAUCGCGGUGUGUAAUGUGCCAGCUGCCUCAGUAGAAGAAACAGCAGAUUCUACCAUGUGCCACAUUCUGAACCUGUACAGGCGAACCACCUGGCUUCACCAGGCUUUGCGAGAAGGCACGAGAGUACAAAGCGUCGAACAGAUUCGGGAAGUGGCUUCUGGAGCUGCCAGGAUCAGAGGGGAGACCUUGGGCAUUAUUGGAUUAGGGCGUGUUGGGCAAGCAGUAGCACUACGUGCCAAAGCCUUUGGCUUCAGUGUGAUUUUCUAUGACCCAUACCUCUCAGAUGGCAUGGAGCGUGCUCUGGGACUGCAGCGGGUGAGCACUUUGCAGGACCUGCUGUUCCACAGUGACUGUGUUACCCUGCACUGCAACUUGAAUGAACACAAUCAUCAUCUUAUUAAUGACUUCACCAUAAAGCAGAUGAGACAAGGGGCUUUCCUGGUCAACACAGCUCGAGGUGGGUUAGUAGACGAAAAAGCACUUGCACAGGCCCUGAAGGAAGGAAGGAUACGAGGGGCAGCCUUAGAUGUACAUGAGUCAGAACCAUUCAGCUUUAGUCAGGGCCCCUUGAAGGAUGCACCAAACCUGAUCUGUACCCCACAUGCAGCCUGGUAUAGUGAACAAGCCUCAAUUGAGAUGCGGGAGGAAGCAGCACGAGAGAUCCGAAGGGCGAUCACAGGUCGUAUUCCAGACAGUCUGAAAAACUGUGUUAACAAAGAUCAUUUGACUGCAGCUACACAUUGGGCCAGCAUGGAUCCCGGAGUUGUUCAUCCAGAGCUUAACGGUGCUGCAUACAGCAGGUAUCCCCCAGGCGUUGUAAGCGUGGCUUCAACUGGCAUACCUACAGCAGUAGAAGGAAUAGUCCCCAACCCUAUGUCUUUAUCACACGGCCUCCCUGCUGUAGCCCACCCGCCCCAUGCUCCUUCCCCCGGCCAAACUGUCAAACCAGAAGCUGAUAGAGACCACCCAAGCGACCAAUUGUAGCCUACGAAAACAGCAUUCCCUACAUCGGAGAUUUCAACUUCAGCGUGUGGAAAACAAACAAACAAAACAAAACAAAACCCUGGAUUUUGAUUAAAGGCAAAACCAUGAACUUACAGGAGGAGACGAUUAUUAUUUUAGAAACUGGUCCAAUAUACAGUAUAAAAGGAAAAGGUGGGAGACAAAAAGAAGAUUUGGAAACAUUUUUUCCUCCGUAUAAAUUGUAGUUUGUCCCUGUCCAGUGGACUGAUUCACUGUUUCUGUGUCUUAUGGGUUCUUUGUUAAGCAAGAGAAGUUAGUAGUUAAUUAUAUCAUGAAUGUACUUGUCUGUGUACAGUUUUUAGAACAUUAAAAAAGGGUUUGUUUGCUUAGCUGUCAACAAGGAAAAACAUAAGGGAGGCAUUCAACAAACCAAUUUUGAGAUUAAAAAUCCUUUCUUUUAUAUUUUAAAACAUGCCCAAAAAUGAGGCAGUUGGCAAACUUCUCAGGACAAUGAAUUUUUCCCAUUUUUCUUUCUACGCCACACAGUGCAUUGUUUUUUCUACCUGCUUGUCUUAUUUUUUAGAAUAAUUUAGUAAACAAAAGAAAAACAGUUUCUCCUAAUUUUGGCAUGAAUUCCCUUAUUUCAAAAUGAAGACAACCUUGCGAAGAGAUUUUGAGGAAAAAAAAAAAAAGGUUUUGUAUAAACGAGCAUUGUGCUUUUUGUCACCAGUUAAAGUAUAUAUUAUUGGUGGUAUGCGAAAAAGGCACUAGACUACUGAAAAGUAGCAGCAUUUCAUUGCCUACAUUGAUUCCUUCCUGGUAAUGUGGUAGGCUAGCAAUAUUUUUGGUUAAAAUCAUGUUUGUGACUGUAACCAUUUGUAUGAAUUAUUUUAAAGAAAUAAAAAUCCCAGACAAAUAUCAUAUGUGUAAAAAUUUUUAUUUCUAGUAACUGUUUAUUCAACUUUUAUUAGGUUUCUUAGCUGUAAUUUUUAAACAGAUGCUGUCAAGUAUUUCAUUUCUAGCUUUACUUUGCUCUCUGUUGUUUGUAAUACUGUCUUGGAAGCCUGAAAAAUAAAAAAAAUAAUUCUUUCCAUACCA